CGUCAUCUAACUAACCAUAACUUCCGGUUCUGAACUAAUGCCGCGUUCGUGUCCUAUCGGAGUUUUCGAGUUUCAGACUUGUGUUCAAGUCAACGUCCAAGUCGUAAUGACGAAGAAAUGAUGAAACUCAGAUGUUUCUGAAGGGCUCGACAUAUGUCAGUGCGCAGUAUUCUGGUCCCCACACAACCAACCUCUUUCUCCUCACACGAACAACUCUGAUCACGCAACCGCGUGAAUGACGAGUUCGCUCGCAAGGCAUUGAUGUAGGAGUGUGUUCCAUCCGGUUCCAUCUCUACCAUCCGGGCCAUGUGACUUGAACGCUGCAUAAACAACAGAGUCCGUCCGGUCCCGGGUGGAGGAGCGAGAAGAGUUUUUAUUCGAUCCUCGCUACUUUUCCCUGGCUGGUGUAAAGCUGGAGAUCCGGCGCAGUCUGAGGGAUCCACUGAGCAGGACACGCGGAUGUAGCUGGCUGCUCUUAUGGCUUUAACAUCCGAAUGCUCUGAGACUGAGACAGGAUGUUUUCAACCAACAUGGAAACAAAAAGAGUGGAGAUCCCCUCCGGCGUACUGGACGACCUUUGCAGCCGGUUCAUCCUGCACAUUCCCAGUGAGGAGAGGGACAACGCUAUCCGGGUGUGCUUCCAGAUCGAGCUGGCCCACUGGUUCUACCUGGACUUCUGCAUGCAGAACACUCCAGGAGCUCCUCACUGUGGGAUAAGAGACUUUGCCAAAGCAGUCUUCCAUCACUGUCCGUUCCUGUUGCCUCAUGGGGAGGAUGUUCAGAAAAUCCUUGAACAGUGGAAGGAGUACAAGAUGGGUGUUCCUACGUAUGGAGCAAUCAUUCUAGAUGAAUCACUGGAAAACGCACUGCUUGUUCAGGGUUACCUUGCAAAGUCCGGCUGGGGCUUUCCAAAGGGGAAAGUUAACGAGGAUGAAGCUCCUCAUGACUGUGCAGUUCGUGAAGUGUUGGAGGAGACUGGCUUCGACAUCAAGAAUCGCAUCUGUAAAGACAGGUACAUAGAGCAGAAAAUCACUGACCAGGUGGUGCGCCUCUACAUCAUACCAGGAGUGUCAAAGGAUACCAAGUUCAAUCCCAAAACAAGGAAAGAGAUCAGGAACAUUGAAUGGUUUCCUAUUGAGAAGCUGCCAUGUCACAGGAAUGACAUGACCCCAAAGUCUAAACUUGGACUUGCGCCUAACAGGUUCUUCAUGGCCAUUCCAUUCAUAAGGCCGCUGCGAGAAUGGAUCAGCAGGCUGAAAGGCGAGUCCACAGACAGUGAUGAGGACUUUGCAAACAGCGGCACCACUGCAGGCAAAUCUUCGGACAACACUCGGUCAAAAUCGCGCCGCCUCACAGGUACUGAUGCAUUUCCAGGAGACAGCUGGGCAAAACAAAAGCAGCAGAAGGCUCUGGACCAGCUCAACCAGUAUGAGCUCAACCAGAACCCAAAUUUGAAAAGCAAUGGGAAGAAAAGUCAGGACUCAUCUAAUGGAGCCAACAACCAGCAGGUGAAAGCCAUAUUAAAAGAAGAUAAAAGACUUCAACCCAGAAGACUGCAAGACAGUUUUGAGAGAGAUGUGGCUCCAUGCAGCUCCAACGGUCACCAGACAGUCCACAGCAGAGACUCCGAGGACCUGCUGUCUUCCAAGGCUUUCCUCAAUUUCAAAUUUGACAAAGACGCCAUCAUGAAAUGUUUUGACUACUGACAUGGAUGAUGAGGAGCUGUGCCUUUCCUGUAACGGCAUGAAACUAUGGCCUCAGAGGCUUUUUACCUUAUAGUCUAGGCAAGGAUGUUACUGAACAUGUCCUUUUCUUUCUUGGCCUGCUCUUUAUGAGCACACAUUUACAGUGGGGAGCUGCUCGUCCAAAAAGCUUCACAGGAGUAUUUUGCCUUUGCUGCACUACUUUUCAGACUUUAUAUAAGGUAUUGUUACCUAACAGCACUGUCUUCCAUUUCUCUGAGGCAGAAACCUAAGUCUAGAUCCUAGUCUAAAUUCAAAAUUCAAUCUGCAGGAGACAACACAUAGACCAUAAGGAGAGGACUGCUCAGGUAAACCAUUAGUCUUUUAAAGGCAAGAGAUCAAAGGUUGGAGGAAAAAAAAUGAUUUUAAGCACAUAUGAGGUGACUGAAACAUAAAAAAAACAAUCAUUUGUGGUAUCUCAGUGAAUAUGGCCAGUGAAUCAAUGUUAUAUUUAGUUUAUUAUGUACUGAUUUUAAGAUGUAAUAACUUAAGUGUUGUUCAUUUUCUCCAUUCUUCCUGUGGAGUCCUAAAAAUGUUUUGGAUUCUUAAAAAAGGUUGGUAUUAAUAGUGUUAUUGGCUUAAUGUAUUUACAGUGUUGUUGGCUUUAUUACCAUAAUUACUUAAGAUUUUACCCAGGAAUGUAGUAUGUAAUGGAAUAUUGACUUGAGGAAUGAAGAACAAGUAGUCUUUACAAGAUGAAUGUCUUUAAAUUCAUGCCAAUAUUAGGAUAAAAUCAUUAGAUCGAAUUGAUUUGUUUGGAAAUCAAUCAUUAAGGCCAGAAAAAUCACUGAUAUAAUGACAUAAUGAUAAUAUAAUUGAAUGAAACAUCUAUUUGAAUUUUAAAUGAUGUCCUGGUGUUGGCUUGUCCCAAAUGAAAAUGUCCAUAAUGGCAGUAGUGCUCAGGAUCACACUGAAACAAUGGUCAGUGUAGUUUUCAUUUCAAGUUUCAUUUUGGGAGUAAUUGUGCAUUUUACAUUAUAUAUGUGAAAGUUGGAUUUUAACAUUUUAAUUUUGGCAUACAUCAAAUGAAAGGAAAUUACUUUUCAAUUUGAUUAAAUAGUUUAAUUGGAAUGUUUUUACCAACAGACAUCCAUCCAUUGAUGUUCUCUUCCAGCAGGCUUGUAAUUUAAGGCUGUUCUGUCCUGCAGGUUUCACAGGUUUAAAUUCCUUUUGAGAUAUUGUAGACUAGAAGUUUUCAAUCAUAUCCUUCAUGAUCCAUUACUUAGCUUCUUUAGUGUUGGCUGGUAUGACAUCUUGCACACCCUUAAGGUUAUGGGGCAUGAUGGAGGACCAUUGCAAUAGACUACUGUAAACCCAAGUUAUUCUCUCAACCAAUGACAAAUACAAAUGACUCUCACAAAGGCCCACAUUAAGGGAUUUCUUGCCACUAUAGAUGAAAACAACAAGAACAUUUUCAUAAUUUUGACUUUAAAGUUCAACCCCCAGUCUUACAAUUUAUAUUUUGUCAAGGUAAUAUAAACAUGCAUACAAGUGAGAUGUCUUUUUGUGUUUCUCACUGGGGUCCUUUUACAUUAAUUGUACAGAUGGUGAUCUCAAGUUGUCCUAUGGCUUCAAUGGUGUUUUGAUUUAAAAUGUGAAUAUUAAUAAA